GAAUUCCUUGUUCAGCAGUUUUACUCUAGUCACUAGUUUGGUUCGAACUGAAGAUACUCUCUCUUGGUAGCAUGCAACUUCCAAUUUGGUGAGACAUGUUUUCUGGUUGAUGCAGCUUAUGUUGGCCUCGCCACUGUUGCAGGGUUCAUAUGGUGGUUUGUAUACUCUGAAAGUGGUCCCAAACUACCAUAUACUGAAUUGGGUUAAUCCUCCCUGGAGUAAUUUGUGGCUGUUGCCUCUAUCAUCCUGACGAUACUUCUUCACAUUCUAAUUUUGUAUGUCCGUCCACUGUCCAUUCUUUUUUCAGUAACGCCAUUGUCUUGGACUGCGUGGACUAUGGUCCUGUAUCUUUCUUUCCCUGUCAUAAUUAUUGAUGAAGUGCUAAAGCUCUUCUCAAGAAACUCUCAUGGCAUAAGGUUCGAUUUCAGAUUCUGGAGGCACGAAGCAUGCGAGAUCAUGGUUUCUCUACUGCAAUGGUCAACUUUGCAACAAGGAAGAUACAAAUUGGGGCCAACUUCGUCGCGUAAUUGUCUCCUCUUGCAGUUAAUUUCUAGUAGUAUUAUCUUAGCGGAGAGAAAGUGCCAUGUUUUGUCGCGGGGAAUGGCGUUUACAGGGUUACCUGUUUAGGACAAGUUUAUUUUCUAGAGGCAGCCAAAAAAAAAACAACGCUGUUCUUUUUCUUUAUACACACAGCAGUUCUUACCAUUUAUUGUUCUUUAUUUAUAUUAAGAAAAACAUUUAUCAAGC